AUGGCUUCACGAGACUCCCCUGGUUCGCCGCUCUCUUCAGUGGGAUCCCUCGAGACUUCAGACCAUGAAUCCAUGAAGAUUGAAAGCCGCGCGCAUUCGCCCUCGAUGUCCAACAUGCCCCCCUCGAAGCGGCGUCGCACUGGCGUCGCCUCUUGGGACCGACAGACUCCACUUUCCUCUGCCCAAGAUGAAAACCACCCUCCUCCAUCCCCAACUGCCUCCAUCUCCUCCGAUAGCUCUGGCGAAAUCCCCCACUCCCCUAGCAUCCUCACUCUCCUUGGCACCAAUCAAGAAGAAGAUUACAGCGGACAGAGCACUGACCAAGUCACCAUCUGCCGAUGGGACGGAUGCACCGCCGGCGACCUUGGUAACAUGGAUGGGUUGGUGCAGCACCUCCACAAUGAACACAUCGGGAGCCGACAGAAACGGUACUCAUGCGAGUGGACCGACUGCACCCGCAAAGGUCAAACGCACGCCAGCGCCUACGCCCUUCGUGCACAUAUGAGAAGUCACACCCGCGAGAAGCCAUUCUACUGCACCCUACCAGAAUGUGACCGCAACUUCACCCGUUCCGACGCCCUCACCAAGCACAUGCGCUCUGUUCACGAGACUGACACCAUGCGCCCAAUUGACUCCAACUCCAAAGUCCACGGCGCCCCAGGCAGCACCACCGGCACUCCAGCCUCGAAGCUGCAACGCAUCCGCUUGAAGCUGACCCAACCCCGGGAGCCAGGAACUGAGUCUGAGCCACACACCGAAGCAAUCACGAUCCUACCAGCCCCCAUCACAACGGCAACCGACGCGCAUGAUCCCGACGAGACCUCGAUCCCGGAGUUUGGCCCAGAGCUUGACUUUGAUGACUCUGAGCUCCGCCUUCCCCCGCGCGACCUCUACCGUCUCCUCCGCCGACAGAUAUCCUGGGCCGGCAAGGAAGCCGCCCAGCUACAGGCCGAGUGGGAGACAAUCCGCCCCCAGCGCGAGCGCGCAUGGCGCGAGAAGGAGGCUAUCUUUGAUGAUCUCAUUGACGCUGAGAUCAACCUGUUCAGCGCAAUGGUCGGCUCUGUUCCCCCCGCCCACCUAAUGACCAGCCUCGAGAAGCUGCAGCAGCAGCAGCAGCAGUUCCAACAUCAACAGGAACAGCUGGCGAAGUCGGCAGAUAUGCCGACUAUCGAGGGCAGUACUUAG